GCUUGUCUUUGGCAAUAGCUGGACUUGAGGAAGGAAGAAAACGAGAAUCAGCGUAUAAAAUGGGAAUGACGAGAGGCCAUUCUGUCGCUGCCAUUUCUAUUGGUAUUCUGCAGUUGUUGUUUUCCGUUGCUUUGAUCAUUCCCUCUUUCGUUCUUUCGAGCUAUGGCCACGGCGUCAACACAUCCUCAACGCCAUAUUGGUGUGGGUUCCCGUUCUUUCUCUGUGGAAUUUUUGGCAUUUGUGGAGGUGUUACCAAGAACCAUUGUUGUAUGAUUACAUUUUUGGUCUUCAGCAUUAUUGUCACAGUCAUUUCUGCAUCAGCAUCGCUUAUUGUCACUUUAGCUCUGUCCUACUGGGAUGUUGCAGUUGAUCUUUCUGACUGUACCACUGUUGGAGACUCUUGCGUUUGUCCAGGUGACCAAAUUUAUGAAGUGGAUGACUGCUCCUACCUGAGCAGCAUCAGAGCUGUGAUUGUUGUGAUCAUGAUUGUCUGCUACAUCUCCACUGCUUUGGCCCUGGCUGGAUCAAUUUUGGGCUGUGUUACAACUUGCUGUGCCCCACCUGAUCCCCCCAUGAUGGUUAUUGCUCAGCCAACAAUGGCCCCCACUGGUGUGGUGGUCUCUCAUUCAUCCAUGCAGGUUAGCGGAGCGGCUCCAAUGGCUUACCCCCAAGGGGCUUACCCCCAAGGUGCUUACCCUCAGGGUGCUUACCCUCAGGGUACUUAUGCUGGACAGGCCAUGUUCACAGAGCAAACAGCAAAGACUCAUGACAAGGCUCCCUUGGUUGUGUAAACUGUUGUCACAGUUUUGAUAUUUCCUUUUUUCUAGAUUAUAGUUGUUGUAAGUUUCAGUGCAUAGUUGGCAUCUAACUCAGUGUGUAGUCAUAAACUAAAGAAUUAGAGCCUUUUUUUAUCUUUCCAAAAAGAAAAAUUGAUUCAAAAGUUUUUUUUUUUCAUAUCAAGAAUGAUUCCAGUUCGUUACCGGUUAGGUACCACAUGGCAGAUGGAUAUUUUCCUCUCCAUUGUUUAUGAUUUAGCAAAGAAGGCUUUGUUUAUUAAUGUAUGUGCUUUGUGACUGUACAACGGGUUUGCUUUUUGGUAAAAGAGCUGAACAACUUCCUGUAGCAAUAAAAGUUCUUAGCAUUCUUUUAGACAUUAGCCUGUCAGACAGAUUUCACUAUAUGUUAGUCAUAUUAUAAAGGUCAUAUAGGGGAGACCGAUUGAAAGCCUUUUCCAUGACGUUUACAAGAGUAAAAAAAUUAUUCAGGAUCAAGAGUUGCUUUUCAGAAGAGUGUUAUCUUUGUCUCGAAAGUUGCUAUUGUACUGAAUGCAGGUCAGAAGAGUGUACUCUUUGUUAAGAAAGUUACUAUACUGUACUGGAUGCAGGUUAGAUAAGAAUUCUACAAGUCAAGAUGAGUGCAGUUGAAACUGUUGCCAGCAUUUUUUACCAUCAAGAGAGGGAAACAGCAAUCAUUUUAUUAAUGUUCUGAUAACUUAAUUGUGUUUAAUCUCGUUGAGAGUAGGCCUGUACGGUGUAGCAUUUGAUAGAUUUAAGUUAUAUAGUCCAAAGGUAGUUUUUGUUUCGGUUUCUCGUGUAAGGUUUUAAAUUUUGCCUAUAUGCCAUGUAUUUUAGUAUAUUAUAUCAAAGUCAGCUUAUUGCGAUACUUGAUGCACUGGUGAUAAAUGUUAAAUAAAUCAUUUUGUCGUCUCA